GAACGCCACCACCACCACUUCCUUUUACUUCAUUCUUUUUUACGGAGCUUUCCGUUUCAUUCCUUCGCUUUCCAGCUCUCGUUCGCUCUCGUCCUGGUCCGCGUGCCCUCACUCGCCACCUUCGAUCAUCGCCAUCCGCUGCCCGCCGGCGCCGAUCCCGACCGUCCGUUUCAUGGCCUAUGCGUUACCCGGCGAGAGGAGGAUCACCGUGCUGCCACCCCCGCCGCCCGUCUGUCUGGUCGACCCCGGAACCCUAAUCCUUCCACCGCCGCCGCCUGUGGCUUACCUGGUGCCCCACGGCGCCGUCCCGCGCCCUGGCCAUCAGGGCCCCGUCUUCGUUCAGAACCCGGUACUGGUCCCGAGGAACCACAGCCUCGCCUACCCUCCUGUGAUCCUGCGCUUGAAUCCCGCGUUUUUGAUGCAGAUGGAUGAGCAGAGGACGCGAUCCCUUCUUCAGUUUAUGGCUCAAGAGGGUCUUGAGCCAUCUCCGGAAGAGGAGAUGAAGAGGAAAACUGCGAUCGAUCAGCUUAAACAGAUAGUUCUGGCAUGGAUAAAGAAGGUUGCUUGGCAGUGUCGUCUGCCAAAGGAUGUAAUUCCCGAUGCAGGUGCAACUGUUCUUACAUAUGGUUCAUAUGGUUUAGGGGUGCAUGGACCUGAAUCUGACAUUGAUGCACUGUGUGUUGGUCCUUAUUUUGCGACUUUGGAAGAGGACUUUUUCAUUAUUCUGCACUCAAUGCUAGAGAGCCAGACACAAGUUUCAGAAAUUCACUGUGUCAAGAGUGCCAAAGUUCCAUUAAUGCGCUUUAAAUUCAAUGGAAUUUCCAUUGAUUUUCCAUAUGCUCGGAUUCCAGCUAUUUCUGUUACUGAAUCUGUAAAUGUUUUUGAUCCCUCCGUGUUGGCACAAGUUGAUGAUACUAGUUGGAGAAGCCUCUCUGGAGUACGUGCUAAUAAACGCAUCCUUCAGUUAGUGCCAAAUUUGAAGAACUUCCAGUCCAUGUUACGAUGUGUUAAAUUAUGGGCAAGAAGGCGUGGUGUCUACUCCCAUUUAUUUGGUUACUUUGGAGGAAUCCAUUUGGCAAUACUUGCAGCUUAUGUUUGUCAGAGAUACCCUAAUGCUAGUGCCAGUGCUCUCUUAUGUCUUUUCUUUGAGACAUUUUCGAAAUGGCCCUGGCCUGAGCCAGUAGUUUUAAACGAUCCAUCAAUACCAUAUAGGCAUCCUGAUGGGCGCGCAGUCAUGCCUAUUAUGAUGCCUUGUAGCCCAUUCGAAUGGUGUCACUCCAAUAUCACGAGAAGCACCUACAAAAAAAUUGUUUCUGAAUUCCAGCAUGGAUAUGUCUUGACUAGGUUGCAGGAUCCUGGUAGGAUGGAAUUCAGGUGGAAUAAUCUAUUUGAAGCAUAUCCAUAUACCACCAAACACACUCACUUUCUGCAGAUUUUGCUUACUGCUGAUAAUGAUGAUGAACUACAAGAGUGGGUAGGAUGGGUGAAGUCGCGCAUCCGUGGUCUACUACUUAAGUUAGAGAUGGUACAGGAAUAUUGCGACCCGAAUCCUACAGAAAAUGUCGAUCACAAUAUAACUGAGCCAAACAUUGUAUUCUACUGGGGUCUGUCACCCAAAGGGAACACCAUAAAUAUUGGCUCUCUGAAAAAGGAUUUCAUGAAGAGUAUUAAUACAGAUCAAUUUGCUGAUGAGAACCAUGCUCAUUGUAAGCUGGCUUUGUCAAUUGUACAAUACUCUCAGCUUCCCAAAAGUUUGCGGCUUGAUGCUGGUAGUGCAAAAGGGUCAAAACCUUGUGGGAAGAUAUUAGAUAACAAUUACUUACCGAAGCCAGUUUACUCACAGUAUCUGCCACAGGAUUUUGUGGGUUAUGAUGUGGCUAAUGAACAGCACCGAGCUGCUGCUGGCUAGAACUACGUAGCACUCGAUGGUGUGGCAAAGAUGCACCAGCAUUAGAUUGUGUAUUGCAGCUCCGGAAGAAGUGAUUCUGCAUUCACACUUUUGUUUCUGCGCUGGGUUGUUUGGUUGAACAACUUCAAUGUGUUUGUGAAGGGAUUUGAAGAGCAGUCUACCUGUUGCCAUUGUUUUGCUUGUAAAGAAAGGGGAAGACACCUGGGCAUUAUAUCACACAUUAUUUUGUGAUGUUCUCUAUAUCACACAUUAUUUUGUGAAAAGUUUAGGCAUAUGAUAAGACAAGGUCAUGUUGCACUGAAUGGAGAACUGCACCUUGGCGAUGCAACCAACUGGGUGUGUGUAUGUCAACCUUUUCUCUCAAUUAUCACAUGUGCUCGCAAAUAUUACAGCCAUCUUCUGGGAAAUAUUACAUGUAGGACACACAUAAUGACGACGGCGUCUGUGAAAGGAAGCUACUUUAUGGUUGGAUGUAAAACUGGGUUGAAGGUUCACAUUGUUCAAUGUGCAUUGCAGGGUGAGACCAGCCACAGGGUUGUAUAAUCUGUGGAGAUGGCCUUGGCCUUGGAAGUUGACUAAAUUGUAUCUUGUAGUAUUUAUUAUACAAGAUAGAAAAAGGCAAAACCUGUGUUGGUUGUGAAUUUGUUUUCUGCUUUGACUCAAGUAGUAAAUGACAUUGUUGUUAUUGCAA